AUGCAUACUCAAAUAGUGGAGAUUCAACCUCGCGAACUUAAGUUCUUAUUUGAAGUGAAGAAACAGAGUUCAUGCGCAGUGCACCUUGCCAAUGUCACUGACCAAUACGUUGCUUUCAAGGUUAAGACUACAUCUCCAAAGAAGUACUGUGUGAGACCUAAUCCGGUGAAAGAUUUAGACGAGACAAAUUUAAAGCUUAUGAAAGAUAUUGAGGAAUUGAAAUCAAAGAUUAGCACCAUGGAUUCUGAGCUAGUUAAGGCAAAAUACAUGAUUGAGAAGUUGAAAGAGGAAAAGAGCAACACCAUCCGUGAGAAGGAAUUGUUAAAGCAGGAAUUGGCUACAUCAAGGACGGGGACCGUUGUAAGAAAAGUCAGAGCCGGUUUCCCGCCACUGUUCGUGUGCAUGGUGGCACUGAUUAGUCUGGUGAUUGGGUUAUUGCUUCGAGCUUAA